GUUGCAAUGACGAUAGCCAGCUGAGCUCAGCUGCGUAGCAAUCAGAAACCCCACCGCUCGACGAGCGCGAUGAUGAAUUGAGAUAUAAACCGCCAACAUGGCCCUUUCGUUCGGCCGAGUCAGAGCUUCAUCUCCAUUGCGCAUUCCUCUACUGUUCAUUGGAAUACCAACACGAACCCCAACACCACCACCAACAUGCAUUUCUUCCGACUCCUGGCCUUGGUAGCCUCUGUCACAGCUGCCCCAAUCCUCGCGGCACGACAAGCUGCGGAGAUAAUCCCAGGCCAAUUCAUCGUCGUGAUGAAGCCGGAAGCGUCCGAUGAUGUCGUCAAGUCCACCAUUGACGCUGUCAGCAAUAUUCUGGGAGGUACUCCUCCAAUACGCACACACAAUAUCGGGACCUUUAAGGGCUUCACAAUCUCCGCGGAAGACUCCCUAAUCGUAAUCAUCAGCGAUCUAGCUGAUAUUUUAUACAUUGAGCCGGACUACCUCGUCACUCUCAGUGUCCGCCAGACCCAGACAAACGCCCCAUGGGGCCUCGGCCGGAUUUCCCAUCGGAAGCCGGGAUCUACCGACUACGUGUAUGACGCCUCCGCCGGGGAGGGGACCUACGCAUACAUCAUCGACACGGGUAUCUACGUGGACCACGCGGACUUUGGCGGCCGCGCCAACUGGGGCAUAAACCUCGCCGGGGACGGCCUUGACAAGGACGGCAACGGACACGGCACCCAUGUCGCCGGGACGACCGGUGGCAGCACGUACGGCGUCGCCAAGAAGACCAACCUCAUCGCCGUCAAGGUCCUCGAUUCCCAAGGCUCCGGUACCAACAGCCAGGUCCUCGCCGGAAUCGAAUGGGUUGUGAAUGACGCCAAGUCCAAGGACCGGAUCGGCAAGUCCGUAGCCAACCUCUCCCUCGGCGGCCCCCGCGUCGGCGAGUCCACUAACCAAGCCGCCGCCGCCGCCGUCAAGGCUGGUCUGUUCCUGGCCGUGGCAGCCGGCAACGACGGCUUGCCGGCCGAGCUCUUCUCGCCGGCCUCGGAGCCGACGGUGUGCACCGUGGGCGCGACCGACGCCUCCGACGCGCGGGCCUCCUUCUCCAACUGGGGUCCUGACGUCGACGUGUUCGCGCCGGGCGUCGACAUCCUGUCGACCUGGACCGGCGGGCCCGACGACACCGAGGUGCUCUCCGGCACGUCCAUGGCGUCGCCGCAUGUCGCGGGCCUGGCUGCGUACCUUAUUGCGCUCGAGGGGGAGCUUAAGCCCGUUGCGCUGUGCGAGAAGGUCCGGAAGCUUGCUACGUCGGGGGUGGUGUCUAAUCCUGGGUUUUUGACACCGAAUUUAUUGGCUUUCAAUGGAGCGACCUAGAGGGGGUAGGCUGGGAGGGAGGUUGAUGCGUGGCGGCGGGUCAGGGAGUGAUAUUGUUAGUAGUCUCGCAGGGUUGGACUUGGGAGGUACCAACUAUCUACUCGGCAGCAUUUCAACCUGUUGUCAGGUGGUCAAGUCAAAGCGCUCAUGACUCACCUUGUCUCUGGCCACUUCACCGAUUCCAGUCCCCAUUUUGGGGUACAUGUUCGUUUGCCCUGAGUUUUCGUCUGCGCUGGAACUCAGGGCAGUUUAUCUACUGUUGUCAUUUUUGUGUCCACGACUCGAAUAGUUCCCAGGAGUAAGUGUUGACAUGACUCACCUCUGCGUGGGGAAUGACAAACGGUCAAGACCCCGUGUCCCCAAAAGGGCACCGACAUCGUGCUGCAUCCGCUUGGAGAAGCCUACGGUGUAAAAGACGCUUCAGCCCCGUGUGAGCAAGAAGCCAGCAUGUAAUAAUAAUUG